UCCCCUCAAAACCCCAUCAACCCAUUUCCCAUUUUCCCCAAUUUCCUUCUCCAUCUCAUUUCUUUUCCCUCCACAAUGAAAGAGUAUUGGACUUCUCUGGCUUCAUUGUUAGGCGUUUUGGCCUUUUUUCAGAGCCUUUUCCAAGUCAUAUUCCCACCCGAACUCCGUUUUGCUUCUCUGAAAUUCCUCAACCAUGUCUUCAACCUCUUCUCCUCCUACUGCUACUUUGACAUCACUGAAAUCGAUGGUGUCAACACCAACGAGCUCUACAACGCCGUCCAGCUCUACCUUAGCUCCUCUGUUUCCAUCACCGGCAGCCGGCUCAGCCUCACUCGCGCUCUCAAUUCUAGCGCCAUCACCUUCGGCCUCUCCAACAAUGACUCCAUCGUCGAUACCUUCAAUGGUGAGAUGGUGUUGUGGGAGCACGUAGUCACUCAACGGCAAGCCCAGACCUUCUCCUGGCGGCCAUUGCCUGAUGAGAAAAGGGGGUUCACUCUUCGGGUCAGGAAGAAGAACAAAUCCCUGGUUCUUGAUUCUUACCUCAAUUACAUAAUGGAAAAGGCCAAUGAAAUCCGACGGAAGAAUCAGGACAGGCUUUUAUAUACGAAUUCCCGCGGCGGAUCUCUGGAUUCGAGGGGACAUCCGUGGGAGUCGGUGCCGUUUAAGCAUCCGAGUACAUUCGAUACAUUAGCCAUGGAUCCUGUGAGGAAAAAGGAAAUCAUGGAUGAUCUCAAGGACUUCGCAAAUGGGCAAUUGUUUUACCAGAAGACCGGAAGGGCCUGGAAGAGAGGUUACCUCCUGUACGGACCUCCAGGAACUGGAAAAUCCAGCAUGAUUGCUGCCAUGGCUAAUUACUUGAGUUAUGACAUCUACGAUCUUGAGUUAACGGAGGUGCAUAACAAUUCCGAGCUGAGGAAGUUAUUGAUGAAAACAACCUCGAAAUCCAUAAUCGUGAUUGAGGAUAUUGAUUGUUCCAUCAAUUUGACGAACAGGAAGAACAACAACAAUCAGAGCAUCAAAAAUUACUACGACCUCGACAUGAGAUGUGGGUCUGGCUCUGUUUGCGGUGAAGACAUAGGGAACUCCAUAACUCUUUCCGGGCUGCUGAAUUUCACGGACGGAUUGUGGUCUUGCUGCGGAAGCGAGAGGAUUUUCGUGUUCACUACGAACCACAUUGAGAAGCUGGACUCUGCAUUGCUAAGAAGUGGUCGGAUGGAUAUGCACGUCUACAUGAGCUACUGUUCCUACCCUGCAUUGAUGAUCCUCCUGAAGAAUUACCUGGGGUACGGUGAGACUGACUUGGGUGAUGCUGUCUUGAAGGAACUCGAGGAGGUUGUUGUGAAGGCGGAGAUGACUCCGGCGGAUGUCAGUGAGGUUCUGAUCAAGAACAGGAGGGAUAAGGAGAAAGCUGUGAGGGAAUUGUUGGAGGCAUUGAAGAUUAAAGCAGAGGAGAAUUUGAAGAAGCAAAAGAAUGCUAAUGAGGUGGAAGAGGAGGAGCAGGAGAAGAGAGCUUUGGAGAGUCCAAAAGAAGGGUGUGAAUUGGAGGAGGAAGAUUGUCGUCAAGGAAAGGAAAUGGGAGGAAAGAAAAAUUGUUAGGAAGUCAGUUCAUAUUAGAUUACUCACUAUGUCUGGUAAAUCUAUCUUAAUCUUAUUGACUAGUUUAAUGAUGAAAUUAAUCUUGUAUGGUGCA